UCCCAUCUGUCACAAGGCUUUCUGGUCUUCCAACGAAGAGACAAAGUUCACUGAAGUCUAGUUAGAGUUCUCAAUUGGUGUCGAGUCCUCCGUGCGGCUCCACAUUCUCAAUGUUUCUCAGCUGGAAGCAGUCUGGAGAAGGAAAUGGAGCAAUCCAUACAAAGCUCCCGAUGACCUUUGAUCCUGUUAAGGGAAAGACUCAAAGUCCUCAGGCUUGUGCCGGCUGCCGCGCCCGGAAAGUGAAGUGCAUCUGGGACGGCGGAGGUUGCGAGCGCUGCAAAACAGCGGGCCGUGAAUGCAUCUAUGAAGCAACUAGAGGAGGCAAUAGUACACGGCGAAAGUCUAGACACGAUGCAUCGGGCCCAGGUGCCAGCACGAAAAGCAUCAAACGAGCAAGGACGACAGAUGAAUCGGCUGAUCCAGCUGAGCCAUUAUCGACAAACCAGUCCUCCCAGGAUGUCUCAGCUGCUGAGACAGCCACCGUCCAGACAAGCGGGUCCUCGUGCGACGACACAGAACUGUUGUGCAUGUCGUCGCCGAGUACAGAGACUAUUUUUGUGGACAGUAAUCUAGAUGCUAGCAUGUUGGACAUGAACAUAGAUCUAGACGCUGAUACCACGAACUCAUUCAACCAAGAAAUAUCCACAGACCUCAUACCUAUGCAUGGCGUUACGCUGGGCGACCUAGUGCAGUGGACUGGGGAGCCAUGGUCAUCAACCACGCCGUCUCUUCCGACGCCUGUGUCAGAGUUUCCGUCAUGCUACGAAGGAAAGCUUUCUGAUGGCAACCCAUGUCAGUGUCUACGACGUCUGGUUAUUUUAGUAGACGAGAUUGAAUCGAUAGCGCAUAGGAACAUUCUAAACUCUCCAGACAGGGCCCUGGCAGCGCAGAAAGAAGCUAUAGGAUGUGGCACCGAGAUGAUGGACUGCACAGCUUGCACUAGCCGUGUUGAGAAUAUGAUUAUUCUAACUCUCAUGGUGGAUAAGCUCGUGCAGACAUGCAAUCAAUUGGCCGAAGCCUGCUGUGCAGAGCUCAAAAACAAACCACCUGGCACGAAAACCCCUCGUCUAUCGCUCCAAAGCAACACUGAAGUGGCCAGUCACAGUUUAGGUCACGGAGGGCCUGAGAUGGAGCCCAACUCACCCUCGAGAGUCUACAGUAUCAACUCGUCGGUCGAGUAUUUCUUCGUCAUGGCGGGAAUCUUACGUUUUCAGCUGCUAGAGCUAUUCAACCUAACGCAGCAACUGCAGAUUGUAGUUGCCCCGCUUGCAUCGGACACCAUAGGCCAACGAUUGAAGAUGUGCACCGAAGCUGUCAAGGAUCUUCUGAAUAGGGCUGGCUUAACUCCGCUCGAGGCCCCCGAAGGAACGGGAACCUUGGUUAUGUAAAAAAUCCUGGGGGUGACGCGAUAUCGGGACCAAUCGGCACCAAGAUAUGCAUAAUUAGCUUUUGGCUUUACUGGGGUCGGGACGGGGU